AUGGCAUCUGAAUAUAUUUAUGUGGUUAUAUAUCCCAAUGGUGAAAUUUCGUAUACAGGUGAGGGAGUGACCUUUAUGUGUGAUGAUCCACUUUGGAUAAUGAUUUCUCCACAGUCCUGUCUACAGCAACUUAAAAAUAUUAUUCUGAUGAACACUGGGCUGAUUGGAAAAAAGGAGAUCAGUACGGUCAUUUACAGGAUGCCCGUUGCUGUAGCUAAUUCGUUUACAUAUCAGAAGAUGCAUAUCAAAUCCGAUCAGCACGUGUCGAUGAUGUUUUCAUAUCAUCGCAGCAUCGGAAGCAUCUAUUCGAUGGAACUCUGCGUGAAGCUCCAAGAUGUGGGGGGCAGCUCAUCUAGUUCGAAUAACGUGGAGGAAAUGCGAAAUUCCGGUGCUGGUGAAGGCAUUCCAUUUUUGGACAUAGGUAGGGGUCGUAGUCCGUCCUUUAAUGCCUUCGUGGCCCCCGCCCAGAAUACAGAAAUACCUGACCGACGUCCAUUCCCGAAUGUCCAUGUUGCAUAUCCGGAAGGAAUGGCCGACGGGUUGGCUGACUCAUCUGAGGAAGACGAGAUUGAGAAUGAUAGUGGAGAGGAAGCAGAGGUUGUUCCGGAAACCCAACCGGUUCAGGGCGAUAGGGUCAUCCCAAGUGUUGUUGAACCGAUCAAUGUUGCAAGGGUCGGAGCUCUUUCCAGCGGCACCCCCGACCAUUACCUGCACCUCAGUCUUGGUCCAAUGAACUCGACAAAUGCAGAGGACAUACCCAGUAACUAUGGUUUGACAGGUGAAAUGGAGCUAGAGGUUGGCCUGAAAUUCCUGACUAAGGAUGCAGCAAUGCUUGCUGUUAAGAACUACAACAUACGUCGAAGUGCGGAAUUCAAAGUAGUGGAGUCAGAUCAUACCAGGUAUGUUUGUCGAUGCAAACUUUUUGGUGACCAAUGUUCCUGGAUGGUGAGGGUUGCAAAGACAAGGGCGUCCAAAUUUUGGGAAGUUCAAAAAUACCAAGGGCCUCACACUUGUUUGGCGUCCGCGACUUCGCAAGAUCAUGCUCAACUGGAUUCAAAUGUCAUAUGCCAGCACAUAUUCCCCAUGGUUCAAGCAGACACAACCAUUUGCAUAAAGGUGUUGCAGGGAUCCGUGGAGUCGGCAUACUGA